AUGGACUCGGAGAAUCCAUCGAAAUUAGGCGCCCAUCACGGUCAGCACGGGGCGCAGCAGGCGCUCAGCGUGGGUGGCGAGCGAAUGGUAUCGCUGCUGGUGGGGCCUGAGAGGACGAAGUUCCUUUGCAACGCGUCCCUACUCUCGCGCUACUCGCCCUUCUUCGCCUCUCUUCUCAGCGACCGCUGGACCGCCGCUGCUGGUAGUAGUAGUGGCUGCUCUGGAGAUGGCGAGAAGGGCGUGGCGCUAGUGGCGAGCGCGAAAAAGGCCUUCCCCGUCAGCGCGCUUGCGCCGAUUCCCCCAUUUUCGCGCGCUCAUACGCGGAGGCCACAGCACCUUUUGCCGUCGCUCAUCGCAUCAUCUUGUCCUCCUCCUUACCUCGCUCCAUACCCGACAAACGAGCCGUGGCAAAACUUCGUGCUAGGCCAGGGCGGCAGCCCGGAGCUCGUGAACCCGUACGUGGUUCAGAGCGGCGACGGGCGCGUCGCGUGGGGGAUACCGGCGCGCAACGCGCAGCCGGCAUACAUCAUCCAGGCGUUCAUCACCAACCUCAUGCUCUCCACGCUGCAAGGCCUUCCGCCGCACCAGGUCUCCGCCUACGACGAUCUCUCCGUUACCCUCUCCUUCCGCCCGCCCUCCGCCGCGCCUUCCGCGCCCCCCGCGCUCGUGGUUCCGCUGGUGCGCGGCUCCCCGUAUUUGACUUUCAUAUUCCCCCAGGGCGGGCCCCCCGCGACGCCCGUGCUGAAGACGAUCCACGCGAUUCUGAGCGUAGAGGCGCGCGGCGACAGCAAGUACCGCGUCGCGCUCAACAACGGCCAGACAUGGCUGGUGUACCUAUCGUCGCCGCUGGCGCUGCGGCAGGAUGGAUCGUCGAUCGUGGCGGGCGCGCCGUUCACGGGGACCAUGCGCAUCGCGCUGCUGCCCGGCAACUCCCCGCAGCGCGAGGAGGCGCUGCUGGACGCGCACGUGGCGACGGUGCCGGUGGGCGGGCGCGCGCGGGUGGGCGCGUUCCGCAUCAAGCUAAGCUGGCGCACGCAGCAGUGGCGCAAGCUGGCUCCCGGCGGCACCAAAACGCCGCUGCUCAUGCUGUCUCUGCCAG